AUGCAGGCCCCUAUGCCCGACCGGCCUCCGCCUCAGGUUGAAAAGUUUGAUGGCACAACGAAUCCAGAUCAUCAUUUGCGGAACUUCAUUGACUUCAUGGAUUUUUACACUCAAAGUGACCUGGUAAAAUGCCGAGCGUUCUCUCUGUCACUAAGGGGUGAAGCCCUAGAAUGGUAUUACACCCUUCCACCCAAUUCGGUGGAUAGUUUCCGCACGAUGAUGGGCAUGUUCAAAAAGCAAUACUCCACCAACCGAUACGAGGAGGUUACUGCUGCUGAGCUAGUCAAUCUCAGACAGGGGAAAGACGAAACUCUCAGAGCCUUCAUGCAUCGAUACAAUCACGCCGCUCGGAGGAUAAAAGGUGCCAACCCUGAAUUCAUCAUUAGUAGUUUGCCCAAUUGUUUAAAAGCGGGAUUCAUCUCAGAAAGCUUAUAUGCCGAGUUACCCAGUACGUUGGAGGAGUUGUAG